AUGGCAGAUAACAAGGGAAAAAUGGCUGAGGUAAGGUCGCAGGACGUUCCACCCACAUCGGAGAACCCAAAGCCGCCAGCUGCUCUUCCGCCCGUGAAAGUACCAAUAAAGGUGCCUUACAUACUACCAAAAGUCCCUUUGGUCCAGCCAGUGUCGAAGAAAUCUGUGGUGCCGCGGCGCAGAGAGGAGAGCGACGACGAAGAUGCAGCAAUACUUGGUGUUACUGCACCAACAAAAAAGAAGCGGGUGGAAGCAGAAAAUAAACGAGCUUCACCAAUUUUGGACGAAAGUAGUAACAGUGACAGCAGUACUGACAGCGAUGAAGACAGCAGCCAGAGUAGUGACAGCGAUGAUGACAGCAGCAGCAGCAGUGGAGCUAACGACAGCAGCUCUUCAUCCUCAUCGUCUGAUGAGGAUGCGGAGAGUGAAGACGGUGUGUCUGAAGAUAAGCUCACACUUUUUGAGAUAGCAAAGGAAAAAGGCCUUAUCAGUGAAAACCUAACUCAAGAAGAGGAAAAGGAAGAAGAGGCACCUGUCGGGCCACCGCCACGACCGCCUGUAUUCCGUUCCUUCCCGCGCGAUAUUGACGCGGCACUUCAGAGGUACGAGGAGCGUCUUAACCGUGAGGAAAAUAUGAUCAGGAUAAAGGAUGACAAUAAAGCUGUCUCUCUAGGCACUAGCAAAAUUAACUACAUUGACCCUCGAAUCAUCUGCUCUUGGGCCAAGGAACAAAACGUGCCCAUCGGGAAGAUAUUCUCAGCAACUAUUCAAAAAAAAUUUCCAUGGGCGAUGGGAGCAGAGAACUUUUCUUUUUGA